AUGCACUUCAAUAAAGACUGUCGGUUCCAUGAUCACAAGUGCCAGUCUUGCGGCAAAGUUGGUCACCGUGAAGGCUAUUGCGCUUGUUUCUCUAAGUCCACGCAUCACAACAAGAGCAACAGCGGUGCGAAGAACACGAGAAAAGAGAAAAAGCGCAAAACAUCAACAAAAACACUGGCCGUACACAAAGUUGGAGCUGGAAGAAAAUUUGUCGAUGUAAACAUCAACAACGUCCCUCUUCGACUGCAACUGGACACCGGGUCGGAUAUUUCGAUCCUAUCGCAUCGAUCUUGGGUCAAACUAGGAAAACCCAAACUGUGUUCAGCAAGAUGUCGGGCCAAAACAGCUUCUGGCGAGCCGCUAGAUCUCACGGCGGAACUGCAGUGCCAAAUCACCAUCAACGGCUGCACAAAAAGCGGGAUUGACUGGCUGGAAUUGUUUAAUUUGUGGGACCGCCCAAUCAGUGCCCUAUGCAACAAAGUUGACGCUCUAUCUACGCCAAGUGUGUCGGCUUUGCAAGCACGGUUUCCCGAAGUGUUUACCUCCGUAAUGGGCCUCUGCAACAAAUCGCCUGUUCGGUUGGUACUCAAAGGCAAUCCCAAACCGAUCUUUCGCCCGAAACGACCAGUUGCGUACAGCAUGGAGGCGUUGGUGGAAGCCAAGCUCCUUCGCCUGCAGGAGCUAGAAAUCAUCAAGCCGGUAAACUUUUCUGAUUGGGCCGCUCCUAUCGUGGUGGUCCGCAAGCCGAACGGAUCCGUACGGAUAUGCGCCGAUUUUUCGACUGGCUUGAACGAUGUUCCCGAGCCAAACCAAUAUCCACUGCCCUUACCCGAGGAUAUUUUAGCUCGGAUGUCCGGAUGUCGAUUCUACAGUCAUAUCGACUUAUCCGAUGCCUACCUUCAGGUGUUGGUGGAUGAGGAUAGUCAACCGCUGCUAACUAUAAACACCCACAAAGGCCUAUUUCAAUUCACCAGGCUUUUACCGGGAAUCAAGGCGGCCCCCGGUGCAUUUCAACAGCUGAUCGACACUAUGCUAGCCGAUCUUCGUUACGCUAUCGGCUACUUAGACGACAUCUUAGUGGGUGGCCGAACUGAGCAGGAACUCCAAACCAACGUUGAUCUGGUCCUCCAGCGGAUGAAAAGUUUUGGAUUUACGGUCCGCAUAGAAAAAUGCUCUUUCUUUAUGCGGGAAGUGAAAUAUCUCGGCCAGAUUCUGGAUGGCAACGGCAUACGCCCAGAUCCAGACAAGAUAGCACCCAUCGUGAACAUGCCGCCCCCACGACGUCCCAACACUGCGUUCGUACCUGGGCGCGGUAAACUAUUACGGCAAAUACGUCAAAGAAAUGCGCCAGCUUCGACAUCCGAUGGACCAGUUGCUGAAAAGUGGCACCAAUUGGAACCCAUCGUGUCGGCAGAUGCUUCGAACGUUGGAAUCGGAGGCCGAAUUGCCCAUCGUUUCCCUGAUGGCACUAUCAGAGCUAUUUGCCACGUAUCCCGCAGUCUGACUGCGGCUGAAAGUAACUACAGCCAGAUAGAAAAGGAAGGAUUGGCCUUGGUGUUCGCGGUGACUCGAUUCCACCGCAUGGUUUUUGGUCGACGGUUCAUUCUUGAAACUGAUCACAAACUAUUAUUAUCGAUCUUCGGUUCCCGGAAAGGCAUUCCCGUCUAUACAGCCAACCGGCUACAAAGAUGGGCCUUAACGUUGCUGCUGUACGAUUUUGAAAUCCGUUACAUUUCUACGGAUUCUUUUGGUCACGCUGAUAUUUUGUCACGUCUAAUCAACCGACAUGUUCAGCCAGAAGAAGAUUUCGUCGUUGCUUCCCUGGAACUGGAGCACACCGUCAGGAGUGUCAUGAACCAAACGCUUUCUGCUUUACCGUUAUCAUUCAAGGCGGUGAAGGCAGAAACCCACAACGAUGACAUUCUUCAACAAAUUGCUCGUUUCGUCGAUUCUGGAUGGCCCUCCAAACAGUCGACUAUCGUCAACAGUGACAUCCAGAAAUUUUAUCAGCGACGCGAUGGUCUUUCCAUGGUUGCUGGUUGCCUAAUGUAUGGUGAACGGCUAGUAAUCCCCGCAAAAUUCCAAAAGCAAGUGCUGCAUCAGCUGCACAAAGGGCAUCCAGGAAUCGAGCGAAUGCGGUCCAUCGCUCGCCAGUACGUCUACUGGCCUCUAAUCGACGAAGACAUCUCCAAGCUUGUAAGGGCCUGCAGCGAAUGUGCCAGUGUCGCCAAAACGGAACGCAAAGUCAACCUUGAAUCCUGGCCGACACCAGAAAAACCUUGGCAGCGGGUGCAUGUGAACUAUGCCGGUCCCCUAGAUGGUAACUACUAUCUGAUUAUCGUCGAUUCGUUCUCCAAGUGGCCGGAAGUUAUCCGCACGCAAGCUAUUACAUCCAGUGGUACCAUGCGAAUGCUUCGAGGAGUUUUCGCAAGAUUUGGAGCACCAGAAACAUUGGUCUCAGAGAAUGGCACCUGUCAAUGGAGGGACCGUCAUCUUGGAGGGACCGUCAUCUUGGAGGAACCGUCAUCUUGGAGGAACCGAUGCUUUCACUUCGAGAUUAGUCAAACGAAUGAGCCCAACUGCGCUGGCACCCAGUUCACCAGCGAGCAGUUCCAACGAUUUUGCGAAACGAAUUCCAUCACGCAUCUAAGAACUGCACCGUUUCAUCCCCAAUCGAACGGCCUUGCUGAAAGGUUCGUCGAUACUUUCAAGAGGUCCCUCAAGAAAAUCAGCGCAGGGGGAGAAGCCUUAGACGAAGCCAUCGACACAUUUUUGCUCUGCUAUCGGUCGACACCCUGUCGCAGCGCACCGGGUGGGAAAUCUCCGGCAGAAGUCCUUCUAGGUAGACCGAUCCGAACAUCACUGGACCUCUUGCGCCCUCCAUCAGCUGUUUUCCCGAACGAAAGUGGCCAAGACGAGCAGUUCAACCGGAAACACGGAGCCAAGCCGAGAAAUUAUGUACCACAAGACCUCGUUUGGGCUAAAGUAUUCCGGAACAACAAAUACUCUUGGGAACCGGGCCGUGUUCUCGAGCGUAUAAGAAAGGUGAUGUACAACAUUUGGUUGCCAGGCCUAGCUAUUUUGAUCCGUUCCCAUUGCAACCAACUACGUAUCAGGCAUGAAGCGGGAGGCCAUCAAUCAACUUCUUCUGAAUUCCAACUACCGCAAGUCCCUCUGAACAUUCUGCUAGAUAGCUGGGGACUUGGUAACAGCAAUCCUUCAUCGGAACAAGUCGCGCCAUCAGCUUGGAGUCUGCCACAAGAACUCCUGACGGAUUUGCAGCCGCAGCCUCCGCCACGCCGCCACCGUUCUACCCUUAGACGUGAUCAACCAACGGUUUCUCUUCGCACAUCUUCGCGAGCUCGAAGGCAGCCUGUGUGGUACGAGCCGUAUCAUCUCUACUAA